CGAUGAUUAUCAAGAUGAUCUGUAUUUGGUGUUAGUCGCAUGAAUUAUGUUGUGAGUCCUAAUGAAACUGACGACGCGUCUCUCAUUGAGCAUUUCUGGCGCGGGGAGUCACCUGUACGAGAAGUAAAAGAAAUACAUUUUCUUGCUAUUCGUACCAUGAGUGGUCGAUUGUUUCAUCGGUGUGACAGUUAUGCAUAGAAACGCUCGAUACUCCACUAUAGCCCAGUCUCCCGGUAGUUCAUUUUUGCAACACAAGCUACAAGAACGGUAACAGUGGGGUCACGACGAGUGCUGCGAGUAUCCUGAAGUCCGACGAGAGGAUCGAGUUCGACAGUAGCAUGAUACAGUUCGGCCAUGGGAUACAGUCAGUCAUGGGAUCAAGGGCUGGCCAUCCAAUCGAGUUUCAACCAACAAGUUGAAUUUCCUGUGGGAUCACUCCGAGCCAGCUGCCAUACUGCAGAAGCUAAGC